AUGGCUUCUAAGGAGAUUUCGACUGCCACAUCGGGAGAUCCGGGAACCCCUGGCGAAAAAGUUCAUGCUUUCGGACUUGUAUCUCUCGAUUCUGAACCUGUGGACGACAUCGACCCGAAGGAAGAAAGAGCAUUUGUGUGGAGACUUGACCUAUUUUUUCUCACAAUAGGUUCCCUGGGGUACACAUUCAAGUACCUUGAUCAGACAAAUAUCAGCAAUGCAUACGUCUCCGAUAUGAAAGAAGAUCUUUCACUUUAUGGCAAUCAACUCAACUACUUUACCACAUACUUCAACAUCGGAUAUAUGGUCAUGUGGGGUAUCUUGACAUGCUGCUUAUCCACCGUUGACAACUACGAACAGGGAAGAAACGUUUACGGUCUCCGUUUCCUCAUCGGUUUCUUCGAAAGCUGUACCUGGCCUGGGUACUUCACCAUUAUCAGUCAAUGGUACUUACCUCAUGAGAUGGCUUUGCGAAUGAGCAUAUACAACAUCGCACAGCCUGUUGGCGCGAUGUUAUCAGGGGCCUUGCAGGGUGCGCUUUCUACCAACCUUGAUGGCUCUCUAGGUCGAUCUGGCUGGCGCUGGGCCUUCAUCAUCAACGGUGUAUGCACAAUCUUUAUUGCAUUGGUUGCUUUUUUCAUCCUGCCAGGUUUCCUUGGAUUAGAGAUCGCUCUAGCACGUUCUUGCCGCGUGGGACGGAAACCUCAAGUUGGCAUCACCCCUAAAACUUUCUUCAGAGCCUUUACAUUUUGGCAAUUAUGGGCUUUUGCUAUCGGGUGGGCUUUCGGCGGCAACACAACUCCGACCAGCUACUUCAAUCUCUCGGUCCCCAUGCUCAACUACCUACCCAUCGUUGGACAGGCUAUUGCGCUUGUUUGCGAACUCUUGUUCAGUGGUUUCAGCGAUUACUUCGGCUCUCGAUUACCAUUCCUCCUCCUUCAUGCCGCUAUCAACAUCUCAUCGCUCGUGAUCUUGGUCAUUCGCCCAAGCAACCAACAUACAUACAUGGCAGGUUGGUAUAUGAACUACAUUGGAUCUGUCUCAACAAUGCUCAUCUGCGCUUGGGCCUCCACAUACCACGAAGAUGAACCCGAAGUUCGAACUGUCUUUUUUGCAACCGGUAUAAUUAUGUCCUACCUCCAAAGCGCUUUUCUCCCUAUCGCAGCCUAUCCAGCUUCCGAAGCACCGCAUUGGCGGAUUGGCGCGAAGCUGUACCUCGCUUUUGUGGUCAUGGCUGUGUUCAUAUUUGUGGGGACUUGGUUUGGACUUAGAUGGCAAGAGAGAAAGAAGGCUGAAGAUAAGAUUCAGGAGGAUGUUGUUGUGGAGAAGGCGGGUCAGAAGUCGAGGACUAAUACCGUCGUGCGCUUUCAGGGAGAUCUUCAAGAGAAGGCUUAGUGUAAUGACGCGUCAGAUGAUUAGGUUAAUACAUAGACAUGGUACGGAG